AUGUUCUCGCCAGCCAGCCCAACCUACGCAACGAGGGCAGAGGCGCCUCUGGAAGGUCCCAGGCUGCAGAAGGAGGCACAGAGCUGCCUCCCAGGGACGCGCUGGAGUGUUUGCGAAGGGCAGAAACCCAGAGAGCAGAGAGGUCCGCCCGGGCAACCGGUAGCCUGCGGGCCGGCACCGGCUGUACCCGAAGACCCGCAGCGGCCCCGGGCAGGGUACGAAGCCUUUUUUUUUCCUGACGGACUCCCUGCAGGCAAAAACCGGGCAGCGAGGCGCGGGCUGCUAACAGCCGGCAGGCACGUCCCGGCUCCCCUCUCACCCGGGGCCGCCCGCCGCAGCACCGCCCCGCCGCUCACCUCAGCGGGCCGCGGCCCCCGCCGCAGCCAGGCCGUACCGCCGGGACAGGCCCUGCCGCCCCGGGCUGAGGUGUCCCGGCGCCCCUCCCCGGGAGCCCCUCCCCGUAAGCCCCCCUGCCGGCGCAGGCCCCGCUCCUACCCGCCGCGGGCCCAGCCCGCCCGGCCCUGCCUCCCCGCCGACGGCGCUCAGACGCGGGGGCCCAGCCCCGCCAUCCCAGGCCCCGGCCCCGGCCCAGCCGCUCCCCUCAGCCAGGGAGCGUCGCUAAAGACCGGCUCGAGCAGAGCACCGCGCCGCCAAAGCCAGGGCAGACGCGCCGACGCCUUUUCGGGCGGGCCCAGCGGCGCUAUUGAGAGAGGAUCCCCGAGAGAAGUGCCGCUUCGGCCAAUCAGAGACCAAAGUGAGAGAGGUGCUGUCAUAAAGGCCAAAAACAAUAGCAGCGCUAGCCAAUGGGAAAAGGCGGGAGGCGGGACUCCAGGGGCGGGCCUGCCGCGCGUUAAAGGUGCUCUGUCCGCGUCUACUCCCUCUCGGGGAGGGGAGCAGAGGGCGGGCGCGGCCUUGGCGGCAGCUGUCGCCGCCGGGGGUCUGAGCCCCCCGCCCGGCCCUGAAACGGGUGGGAGGAACAAAACCUCCCCCGACUCCUCCGAGUCACAGGCGGUGGCCACCAGCCCCGUGCGUAGCUCCCGACGGGGCGAUGCCUUCACGUCCAGCCCCGGCCGGGACCUCCCCCCCUUCGAGGAUGAGUCCGAAGGGCUCCUGGGGACCGAGGGGCUCCCCGAAGAGGAGGAAGAAGGAGAAGAGCUCAUCGGGGAAGGGAUGGAAAGGGACUACCGCCCCAUCCCUGAGCUGGACGUCUAUGAAGCAGAGGGCCUGGCCUUGGACGAUGAAGAUGUGGAGGAGCUGACUGCCAGCCAGCGGGAAGCCGCAGAGCGAGAAAUGAGGCAGCGAGACCGUGAACUGGAGCAGGGCAUGGGCCGCAUGAGGAGGGGGCUUCUUUACGAUAGUGACGAUGAAGAUGAAGACCGUCCUUCACGGAAGAGGCGGCUGGCGGAACGGGCUGCCGACGGCAUGGAAGAGGAAGAUGAAGACAUGAUUGAGAGCAUUGAGAAUCUGGAAGACAUGAAAGGGCAUUCGGUGAGGGAGUGGGUUUCCAUGGCAGCUCCCCGGCUUGAGAUCUACCACCGCUUCAAGAACUUCUUGAAGACCCAUGUGGAUGACCAUGGGCACAAUGUCUUCAAGGAGAGGAUCAGUGACAUGUGCAAAGAGAACAGAGAGAGUCUGGUGGUGAACUAUGAGGAUCUGGCAGCCCAGGAACAUGUCCUUGCCUACUUUCUGCCUGAGGCACCGGCAGAAAUGCUGAAGAUCUUUGAUGAAGCAGCCAAGGAAGUGGUGUUGGCCAUGUACCCCAAAUAUGAUCGUAUUGCUCAGGAGAUCCAUGUCCGUAUCUCCCACCUCCCUCUGGUGGAAGAGUUGCGGUCGCUCAGGCAACUGCACUUGAAUCAGUUAAUUCGGACCAGCGGCGUGGUGACGAGUUGCACAGGGGUCCUGCCUCAGCUCAGCAUGGUCAAAUACAACUGCAGCAAGUGUAGCUUCAUCCUGGGACCCUUUUUCCAGUCCCAGAACCAGGAGGUGAAACCCGGUUCCUGUCCAGAGUGUCAGUCACUUGGCCCCUUUGAAAUCAACAUGGAAGAGACAGUCUAUCAGAACUAUCAGCGCAUCAAAAUCCAGGAGAGCCCUGGGAAGGUAGCUGCCGGCAGGCUGCCCCGCUCCAAGGAUGCCAUUCUCCUUGCUGAUCUGGUUGACAGCUGCAAGCCAGGGGAUGAGAUUGAGCUAACAGGGAUCUACCACAACAACUAUGACGGCUCCUUGAACACUGCCAACGGGUUCCCAGUAUUCGCAACUGUGAUCCUGGCCAACCACAUUGCCAAGAAGGACAACAAGCUGGCUGUUGGAGAACUGACUGAUGAAGAUGUGAAAGUGAUUGUGGGUCUGUCCAAGGAUGAGCAAAUUGGGGAGAAGAUUUUUGCCAGCAUUGCCCCAUCUAUUUACGGGCAUGAAGAUAUCAAGAGGGGCUUGGCUUUAGCUCUCUUCGGUGGAGAGCCCAAAAACCCAGGUGGCAAACACAAAGUCCGUGGUGACAUCAAUGUGCUUCUGUGCGGAGAUCCUGGUACUGCAAAAUCACAGUUUCUUAAAUACAUAGAGAAGGCGUCUAGCAGAGCAAUCUUCACCACUGGCCAGGGUGCUUCUGCUGUAGGUCUUACAGCCUAUGUCCAGAGGCACCCAGUCAGCAAGGAGUGGACUUUAGAGGCAGGAGCCCUGGUGCUGGCUGACAGAGGUGUCUGUCUGAUCGACGAAUUUGACAAGAUGAAUGAUCAAGAUAGGACCAGCAUCCACGAAGCCAUGGAGCAGCAAAGCAUUUCCAUCUCCAAAGCAGGCAUUGUCACAUCCUUGCAAGCCCGCUGCACCGUUAUCGCUGCUGCUAAUCCCAUAGGUGGGCGAUAUGACCCAUCGUUAACUUUCUCGGAGAACGUAGACCUGACAGAACCCAUCAUCUCUCGAUUCGAUAUCCUGUGCGUGGUGAGAGACACAGUGGACCCUGUGCAGGAUGAAAUGCUUGCCCGGUUCGUUGUUGGCAGCCAUGUCAAGCACCACCCGGGUAGCAAGGAGACAGUGAAUGGGGAUGCCAAUGAGGUCAUUCUUCCCAACACAUACGGGGUUGAACCUAUUCCCCAGGAGAUCCUGAGGAAAUACAUCAUCUAUGCCAAAGACAAAGUCCACCCCAAACUCAACCAGAUGGACCAGGACAAGGUGGCCCGGAUGUAUAGUGACCUCAGGAAAGAGUCUAUGGCAACCGGCAGCAUCCCCAUCACAGUGCGUCACAUUGAGUCCAUGAUCCGGAUGGCCGAGGCUCACGCCCGCAUGCACCUGCGGGACUAUGUGGUGGAAGAUGACGUCAACAUGGCUAUCCGGGUGAUGCUGGAGAGCUUCAUUGACACGCAGAAGUUCAGCGUCAUGAGGAGCAUGCGCAAGACGUUCUCCCGCUACCUUUCUUUCAAGCGAGACAACAACGAGCUGCUGCUGUUCAUCCUGAAGCAGCUGGUUGCAGAGCAGGUGAUGUACCAGAGAAACCGCUAUGGGGCCCAGCAAGACACCAUAGAAGUCCCAGAGAAGGACCUGGUGGAUAAGGCUCGGCAGAUCAACAUCCACAACCUCUCUGCCUUCUAUGACAGCGAAGUGUUCAAGAUGAACAGGUUCAGCCGGGAUGUGAAGCGGAAGCUGAUUGUCCAGCAGUUCUGAGGCUGGAAGCAGAGUUUGCGACGUGCUCCUGUGAGACAAAACCUGCAUCUUGCAUCCCUCCCAGGAAUGAUACAGAGAUCACGAUCCAGUGGGACUAAGCUGCACGUUCUCUUGCUUGCUUUGUGCCUUAUGGAUUAAAGGAGCACUGAGCUGCUGAAGAACUUGUAAAUAGAACAGAGUUAAGUAGUUAAAUGCCCAGCCAAGUCUGUUUAGCAACUUCGUUCACUGUUUUGCCUUGUAGCUAAGCACAACAGGGAGAGAAUUGCUGGCCACAUAGAUGGCAUGUUUGCUGUUUGUUUGUCACCAGUUGUUACGGGCUCAUCUGCAGGAGAGACCAAGUGGGAACAUUCGAAAAGCAUUUGUCUGCCUUAUCCAUGCCCCUUGGAUUGCGAGCACCCUCAGGGAUUCUCUUUUCCCAUCUCUGGCGACUGUGCAGCCUGCUGGGUGAUAAUUGAGACUGCUUUCAACUCCAUGAACCAGCCAGCCGCUCCGCUCCAGGCCUUUGUGCCUGACGCUUGACAUUUCCCCAGGUGCCCACAUGGGUUGACCUUGUGCUUGGUUUCUGCAAGGGAGGGAGGGGAGCAGAGGAAGAUGAGAACCAAAAUAAAACAUAACUAUUUCUAAUAUUAGCGGUGAUGUGUGUGGGCAGUACAUGCUGGGGCAGUGUCCAGAAGCCUUAGGGAAGGGGCUUCCCCUGCCUUACUGAGCGUUAUCUCUGUGCAGCUGGCGGCAGAUGUAAAUUUAUGGCUAGAUCGAAGGACUGGCAUCUAAACUGAAUACCUUCUCAUACCCAUUUGUUAAUGGUGAAGAGUACCCAUGGUGCUGGGUUUGGGAGUAGCAAUGGAGGAGCCCCGAGCUGGAGGUGUUCAGGGAGGCCAGGAUGGGCUCAGUGUUCACAUGCAAUUUUCUUAUUGUGCACAUUUUGAAUACAUUUGUUUUUCAAUA